CUUCAUUAUAAUAUUUUGUAACGAUGGUCGCUCUGACUCAAUUAGUUAUUGUAAUUGUGGCAGCUACAGUCGUUGUGGCUCUUCCCAACGGUAUCUUCAUACCACGUUCCAGUCUUCGGUAUCAGCAUAUACAGGAUGACGUGGGCAGACUACACCUGGUAGACCUGUGGGCGCCAGACAUCGAAGGUUCUGCCAGAUACAACCCUGACACACAGAAUCAAUACCAUCUUUUUACGAGAAAGAACCCUACAAUAAGCCAGCCGUUAGUCCAUGGUCUUCAAGACCUCGUGACGUCAUCGAACUACGAUCCUUCGCUUAAAACAGCUAUCCUCAUCCACGGCUGGGGUGAUGAUGCACGUGGACAGUUCAACGCUGUUGUUUUAGCUGCCUUCUUAGCGGCGGAAGAUAUGAACGUAAUCGUGGUAGAUUGGAGCGCAGGAAACAGUGGAUUGAAUCUCAUUAGAGCUGUCAGGAAUACUAUUCUAUCAGGAGCAUCAGUAGCCCGCUUUAUCCUCUGGCUGAACAGUAUCACAGGAGCCAAUCUAUCGCAGUACCACGUGGUAGGCUACAGCCUGGGCGGCCACCAGGCUGGGGCGGUCGGUAGGAACCUUGGAGGCAUGGUAGCUUAUAUUACUGGACUGGACCCAGCAGGACCCCUUUUCGAGGAUAACGAGGACAAGUUUGCCCCCAACGACGGGGUCUACACAGAAGUGAUACAUACGAAUGGAGGUGGACUGGGUUAUCUGGAACCCCUUGGUGAUGUGGACUUCUACCCCAAUGGGGGUGUAAAGAUGGCUGGCUGUCUCACUGGAUUGUGUAGUCAUGAUCGAGUGUUCCACUACUUCGCGGAGUCUGUUCGUGGAGGAGUAUUCACCGGCAGCAAAUGUGAGAGCUACCAGCAUGCAGUCAAUGGAACCUGUCCUUCAGAAGACACCUUACUCAUGGGAGGAAUCGAACCUAAGACUGGGUACUCCGGCGUGUAUUAUUUGCAAACUAAUUCAUGGCCGCCAUACUCCCGCGGAUAAGAGAAGACAAGAAAAAUAUUUCUCUUUUAUCUGUUUUAAUAAAACAUAAUAAAGACGUGUG